GAAAUUCCUCCGCCCGCCAUGUCUCUGAUCCUCUGCGACCGAUGUGGCCACAAUGUAUCGCGUGCCACCGACGACGGCGUCUUGAAUGACGAUCUGCGCAGCUGGAGGUCGCUGUCUUCGUCGGAGGCGGUCUCUCUUGCCGAUGAUCUUCGUGCAAAAACUUCGCUCCUCGCUCAACUUGAGGGCGAGCUAGAGAGGGUCCGACGUGUCUUGCUGCAGCUGGAAGAGACAAAGCGCACCACGGAGGCUGCCGUCUCGAAGCAGCGCGCCAUGCUCUCUCCCAUCCGCCGCUUGCCUCCGGAGGUCCUCAUAGAAAUUUUUGACUUUGCCUGUGACGAUGAAGACGUCGGUCAGUUGCGUUGCUCCGCUCCUACUCUGAGCGUCGUAUGCAGAUAUUGGCGAGCUCUCAUGCUCGGCACUCCGCAGCUAUGGACCCGCUUCCACUUCACCGUGCACAAAAUGGACGACCGGCCUGCCAAUGCGCAAUUGCAGCUGCUGCAAAAUUAUCUUGACCUGUCAGGCGCUCGCCCCAUCCACGCCCCGGUGGCGUACAACGAAUCCCCGCCUGUAGCGCCGCAGGCCUUCCUUCUCUUCCUCCGACAUACCGAACGCUGGCAGCACCUCGUUGUCAACAGUCCGCAUAUAUUCAACUUCAUCGGUGCACUCCCGCUUCCUCGCCUAACGACUCUCCACGGCGAGGUCUCCUUCCUCCUUCGCGACGCCUACCAGGUCCUCCGCGCCGCGCCGAAUCUGCGCACCGUCCAUCUCACCAACUACGAAGAAGCACACGAGCUACCCAAGCUUCCUUGGGCGCAGAUCACUGAGCUGCACACCGAAUGGGCCGGCGCCUCUGUUCUCGACGUCGUCGAGCGCUGUCCGAACCUCGUCAGCUGGCACCACCAGUCCAUCACGCCGCGCUUCCCCUCCCCAUGGGAAGAGCGCGAUGUCGAGUGCGCGCGCUUGCGCCGCCUCGACCUCUGCCUCGCCCGCGACAGCCGCCUCCUCGAGCACCUCCACGCGCCCGCGCUCGACGACCUCGCGCUGACGUGGUCGAAGGUCCCCGCGGAGAUGCUCGACGCGCAGAACGCGGCCGCGCGCGUCGUCGCGUUCCUGCAGCGCUCGCAGUGUCACUUGCGGCGGUUGUCCUUGCGCAACCCGCCGCUGCGCGCGUUUGAGUGCUUGCUGCUGCCGACGCUGUGCGGGCUGAGGGCGCUCGAGAUGUACUCGCCGCAGCAGAGCCCGCUGCCGGAGGACUUGCUCUCGCUGUUCUGGGCAAUCGGGACGACGGGGUCGAUGCCGUUGUUGGAGGAGCUGGUGCUGGAGGGCUUCACGGAGUUUGCCAAGUCGUCUUUCUUCACGGACAUCGUGACCUCGCGGAGCGAGUCUGGAUGUACGCUGAAGUGUAUUGAUACGCAUUUGGCUGGUUGUUGAUACUUCACCUGUUGUUGUUCAUCGAUCUCUAUCCUCCUUAGAUCUUUUCAUAGAGUUUUGUCUGGGUUUGGGCUGUAUUGUAGCAAGUCAUGUGAUCGUGUUCGACUUUACGGCUUCCCAUGUCAACGUUACGGCAAAGUUAUGGACUUUGGCGAACACGCAAUCGGCGCAUCAAUAA